AUGAGGCAAAUUGGUGAUGCAGAAGAUCUUAAUAAAGCCUUACGACUAUUUUGGGAAGUCGAGAGCCUUAAUAUUACAAAAAAACCGGCUUUAGCUGUUGAAGAUCAAAAGGUCGAAGAUUUCUAUCGUUCUACAACCAUCCGACCUGAAAGAUAUGCGGUGAGGUUGCCUUUUAAACAGUCCCCAGAGCUGGGAGAAUCCUAUACUGGAGCCUUAAGAAGAUUUUAUACUAUGGAACGUAAGUUUAAAUCUAACAUUAAUUUAAAAAUUGCAUAUUCUGAUUUUAUGAGUGAAUAUAUUUCAUUGGGCCAUAUGGAACCUGUGCCUAACAAUGAAAUUAAUCGCCCCGCUGCCAAAGUGUACUAUUUGCCACACCAUGCCGUGUUAAAAGAUACAAGUCUUACCACAAAACUUCGUGUAGUAUUUGAUGGCUCUAGCAAAUCAUCAAACGGACAAUCUCUAAAUGAUAAUCUACUAAGAGGCCCCGUCUUACAACAAGACCUGGUAGCAGUCCUACUGAGAUAUAGGUGCAAGAAAUUUUGUUUUGCGGCUGAUAUAAAACAAAUGUUUCGCAUGAUUGAUAUACAAGAGUGCGAUCGUGAUUAUCAAAGAAUUUUGUGA